AUGGAAUAAUAUAUACAACUCUUUUAAGAAUCUGCUAAUUACCAUUCUGAGGUUAUGAAGGAAUAGCGUAAAAAAUUUGAAAGCAAACCAUAAUUUAUCAGAGCUGGAUUAUAUUAUUUUUAGAAAUUUUAAGAAAUGCACCAUCAAUAAAUUUAGUAAAAGUAUUUUGCUUCAGAAUUGCUAAAAAUAAGUGGAAAUUAGAAAUUCAAAAACCAAGAAUAUGAAUAAGCUUGUGUUUUGUAUGAGCAAGCUUUAUCUAUUUUUAGAUUUGUAAGGAAUAAAAGAGAAAAUUGGCAAAAAGAAGGUCUAUACGACGAUGAUUUGGAAUAUGUUGAUGAAAAUGGUAAAAGUGACAAAGAAAAAAAAUUAGUAAAGGGAUUAAAGGUAGUUCUAUACCAAAAUAUUUGUUUAGUGUAUUUAAAGCUUUCAAAAAAUAAUUGCUAAAAUGUUAAUGAUGCUCUGUAUGCAUGUAAUGAAGCUAUAAAACUAGAUUAAAAAAGUUCAAAGGCUUAUUAUUUACGUGCAAAGGCUAGAUUAGAUAAAGUUGCUUUAAAUAAUGAAGAUUUCAAGCAAUCAAUUAAAGAUUAUAAAAGAGCAUUAGAGCUAGAUCCAGAUAAUUAAAAUAUAUAAUAACAGCUAUAAAAAUGUAUUAUUGCCUUUGAUAAAAUAAAAUAAAUAGAUUUCAGUUAGCCAUUUAAUUCAAAUAAAUAGACAUAAAGAGAAGAAAGGUGCUUUAUUGCAGAUUGUUAAGCUGCUAAUGGAUUAAAUAGUAAUUUUCAAGUGAAUAUGGUUAAAAAUAAUGAAAGAAAGACUGUACAAUAAAUGUAAAUUAAUGAUAAAGAUAAAAAGAAAAAAUCACAAAAAAAUGACAAUAUUGAUGAAUAAACUAAUAAAACUUAAGAUUUAUGGAAUUAACUAAGAAUAGAAAAAACAUUCUUGAACCAAAAUAUUAGUUUAAAUUAUGAAAUUAUACAAAAAACUGUAAUUUGA